ACCUCGUGACGUCACUUCUGGCGCCUGAAGGUCCCUUCUCUUGGUUCUGGGUUGUUCGUCGUAGUGCCGGUUACAGCUAGUCCCUCAGUCCCAGGAUCCCGAGCUGUGGGGCACCAUGCCCGCGGUGCUGGGGUUCGAAGGCAGCGCCAACAAGAUCGGCGUGGGCGUGGUCCGCGACGGCACGGUGCUGGCGAACCCGCGGCGCACUUACGUCACGGCCCCAGGCACCGGAUUCCUUCCAGGUGACACGGCCAGGCACCACCGAGCUGUUAUCCUAGACCUUCUGCAGGAGGCACUAACAGAAGCAGGAUUAACCUCCAAGGACAUUGAUUGCAUUGCUUAUACCAAAGGUCCUGGCAUGGGAGCCCCAUUGGCUUCUGUAGCUGUUGUUGCUCGUACUGUGGCCCAGUUGUGGAAUAAGCCUUUGAUAGGCGUGAACCACUGCAUAGGCCACAUUGAAAUGGGCCGCCUCAUCACUGGAGCUGUUAACCCAACUGUCUUGUAUGUCAGUGGAGGAAAUACGCAGGUGAUUUCCUACUCAGAACAUCGAUACCGCAUCUUUGGGGAAACUAUUGAUAUUGCUGUGGGAAAUUGCCUGGAUCGUUUUGCUCGGGUGCUGAAGAUUUCCAAUGACCCAAGUCCAGGUUACAACAUUGAGCAGAUGGCAAAGCGAGGCAAGAAGCUAGUCGAGCUGCCAUACACUGUAAAGGGGAUGGAUGUCUCGUUUUCAGGGAUUCUGUCUUUCAUUGAGGAUGCAGCACAGCGAAUGCUGGCCACAGGAGAGUGUACUCCUGAAGACCUGUGUUUCUCCUUACAGGAAACUGUGUUUGCAAUGCUAGUGGAGAUCACGGAGCGAGCCAUGGCACACUGUGGCUCCAAAGAAGCCCUCAUCGUCGGAGGAGUUGGAUGUAAUGUGAGGCUGCAGGAGAUGAUGGCGACAAUGUGCCAGGAGCGGGGAGCCCAGCUCUUUGCAACAGAUGAGAGAUUCUGUAUUGACAAUGGAGCCAUGAUAGCACAAGCUGGUUGGGAGAUGUUUCAGGCUGGACAUAGGACCCCUCUCAAAGAUUCUGGAAUUACUCAGAGGUAUAGGACAGAUGAAGUAGAAGUGACAUGGAGGGACUGACACCAUCAACAGGAGCAGAAGAGCUUUCCAGGAGGAGUGCUGAACUGGGAGUGAGUCUUGGUGAUGCUCUGGACUCCCCUCUUCUCUGGCAAGGGUUUGGACCGCAUAUAAGGCUUAUGGUCCCUGUGGAAACCCAACAUGACAGACGCUACAAUAAAACAUGGUUUUUGUAUGUUGAUAA